UCGCUUUCCACGCGUGCACAGCCGGCGGUGGGCGGGGCCAGCAGCGGUCCGGUCAGCUCCGUUUAGGAGGCAGCAGCACUGCGCCUUGUGGUGCACAACCCAAAUCCAUGCACGAUCGUCCGCUGCGUAAAGAAGAGUCAGCUCAGGGGGAGAUCGGACUGCUCGGUGACCAGGAGCGGAUUACUAACUACACCAGGCUGCCACGUUGCUCUGGUAACCACCAGGUAGGAUGUCUCAUCGGAACGGGCAAGAGGACCCAGAGCGGUACCUGUUCGUGGACCGGGCCGUUGUUUAUAAUCCCGCCACACAGGCUGACUGGACGGCCAAGAAGCUGGUGUGGGUCCCUUCAGAGCGCCAUGGCUUUGAGGCCGCCGGCAUCCGGGAGGAACGUGGUGAGGAGGUACUGGUGGAAUUGGCAGAGAAUGGCAAGAAGGUGGCGAUCAACAAGGAUGACAUUCAGAAAAUGAACCCGCCCAAGUUUAGCAAGGUGGAGGACAUGGCCGAGCUCACCUGCCUGAACGAGGCGUCCGUGCUGCACAACCUGAAGGACCGCUACUAUUCCGGACUCAUAUAUACUAUUCUGGCUUGUUCUGCGUGGUCAUCAAUCCGUACAAGAACCUGCCCAUCUAUUCAGAGAACAUCAUUGAGAUGUACAGAGGGAAGAAGCGCCAUGAGAUGCCUCCACACAUCUACGCCAUCUCUGAGUCGGCGUACCGCUGUAUGCUUCAAGGUACGACCAACGCUCCUUUCCCUCACGCUAGCACAUCUUAUUUUUUCUAAAGCUCCUUCCUCGUGUUUGUUUGCUUUUUCACCUUUUAAUGAAUAUUGCUCCCAUGUUUGA